AUGUCACGGGCAGCUGCAGCAGCCAUGGCUGCCUCCUAUAAAAGCUUAAAAGAGGAUUUCGUCUCGAAUUUGGCUGGUGGGGAGAUUGGGGAAAUCAAUUGGGUUACGGGAGUUGCUCCAUCAGCUCUUGUUCUCUGGUCGGCACUUCAGUCACGGCAAUCGUUCUUCAAGCCAUACACCCCGCUCGCCUUCGCUGUCGACUUCCUUUUGAACGUCUGUGCUAUUCUUCUAGCUAUCACACUUUACUCAAACAAGCCCGCCCUCCUAAACAUCCUCCUCGUUGCCCCAGUCGCCGCCAUCUAUGCUAUCCCAAGACCGCACUCGGCGAAGAAAGCGAAAGUGCCACCUUCGAAACAGAAACAGACCAAGAAGGCCGAGGUCGAGAACCCGCUCCCGAAGAAGCCUUUCGUAACUAUAUACCGAGGGGCGAUGUUGGUAGUCACAUGCGUCGCCAUCCUCGCAGUUGACUUUCGGAUCUUCCCGCGAAGAUUCGCAAAGGUCGAGACUUGGGGCACGUCUCUGAUGGAUGUGGGAGUAGGCUCGUUUGUGUUCUCUGGAGGCGUUGUGGCCGCCCGAACACUCCUCAAGGAACAGUUGACCGGCAAGGCAAUGCCGCUCUCCACCCGGCUGUAUGGCUCAGUGCGUCAUUCUCUGCCGCUGAUAGUUCUCGGCCUUGUCAGGCUGUACACUGUUAAGGGCUUAGAUUAUGCCGAGCAUGUGACGGAGUAUGGGGUUCAUUGGAACUUCUUCUUCACGAUGGGGCUUUUGCCUCCAUUCCUUGCUCUUUUUCAGACAGCAUUCCAGUUUUUGCCUUCGUAUGCGGGAUUAGCGAUCCUUCUUGGCACGGCAUACCAAAUCGUUUUGGAUUCUACCGAUUUGACAAGCUAUGUCUUGACCGCACCAAGAACGAACCUACUCUCAAAAAAUCGAGAGGGUAUUUUCAGCUUCUUUGGUUAUCUUGCAAUAUUCCUUGCGGGCCAGUCUACCGGCAUGUUUGUUCUCCCUCGAAGUACUUCCAGCGCUGCAUCAGGAGUUGCUCAACGGAAGAGGCUCCUGCUCACGCUGUCGGCCUGGUCCGUUGUGUGGAUCGCCCUGUAUUGUUUGACUACAAAUUACACCUACGGAUUCAACCUCAGCGUAUCUCGGCGGCUUGCGAAUCUGCCAUAUAUCCUCUGGACCUGCGCAUUCAACUGCUCUCAGAUUACCGCGUUUUGUUUGGUGGAAACGAUUUUCUUUCCACAAAAUUACAAGAGCACCGAUGCAAAAGCAGAGAAGGAGGCGUAUGAAACAUCCACGAGCAGAGUACUUGAUGCAUUCAACAGGAACGGCCUAGCACUCUUCCUGGUGGCAAACCUGCUGACUGGCCUCAUCAACUUGACUAUUCCGACACUGCACAUCUACCAUGUUUAUACUCUGUGCAACCAAACUAUCGGCGUUCCCGUACCUGCGCGGCGCAUUCUUACUCUGGCGUUUGGUCUUCUAGAAGGCAGUUUAAUGAGAAGGUCCGUGAUAUCCAUAGAUGAUUUAUGCCCUACGGCCCGGAUUAAGGAAGAUGACAUCAACUCGGGAUCACAAGAAGACAAUUCUGCGGAGUAUACGAUUCUCGAGUUAGCACCGGCUCAGCGUUUGCUCGCGGAGACUGGCCAGAUGUGA